CCGAUUUUUUUUUGUUUUUUCGCCUGUUUUUGUUUUCCCCCCCUCCUCUUCGUCGGCCUCCUUCUAGCGGGACCUGAAGCCAUGGUUGGGGAGACAGAGGUGAAGGAGAGACCCAAGUCCAACCCGGACUACCUGAUGCAGCUGAUGAACGACCGGAAGGUGAUGAGCUCGCUGCCCAACUUCAGCGGCAUCUUCACGCAUCUGGAGCGGCUGCUGGAUGAAGAAAUCGGCCGGGUGCGGAAGGACAUGUACAACGACACGCUGAACGGCGGCAUGUUCAACGGGAGGGACCUGGAGGAGCUGCCGGAAGCCAUCGGCCCCGUGGCUCAGCUGCAGGAGAAGCUCUACGUGCCCGUCAAAGAGUACCCCGACUUUAACUUUGUCGGGAGGAUCCUGGGCCCUCGGGGACUGACCGCCAAACAACUGGAAGCAGAGACCGGAUGUAAAAUCAUGGUUCGAGGAAAAGGCUCCAUGAGAGACAAGAAGAAGGAGGAGAUGAACCGAGGGAAGCCCAACUGGGAGCACCUGAGCGAGGACCUCCACGUCCUGAUCACGGUGGAGGACACACACAACCGAGCCAAGAUCAAGCUCCAGCGAGCCAUCAACGAGGUCAAGAAACUCCUCGUCCCCGCUGCCGAGGGCGAAGACAACCUGAAGAAGAUGCAGCUGAUGGAGCUGGCCAUCCUCAACGGGACGUACAGAGACGCCAAUGUCAAGACGCCCACCGCCGCCUUCCCGCUCGCGACCCCCCAGGCGCCCCGGAUCAUCACGGGCCCGACGCCCGUCCUGCCGCCCACCCUGCGCAACCCCGCCCCCGUCACCACGCCCACCAUCAUGCCGCUGAUCCGUCAGAUCCAGAGCUCCGCCCUCGUGCCGGGAGCCAAUCCGCACCCGGCGCUGGUGCAGCAGGGGCCCGAGUCCGGGAUCAUCUACACGCCCUACGAGUACCCGUACACGCUCACGCCCUCCAUAUUGGAAUACCCCAUCGACUCAACCGGAGUAUUAGUCCCUUCUUCCUGUGUUUUCGCAGCAGGUGCCAUGACCACUAAGGUACGACGCCACGACAAGAGAAUCCAUCCUUACCAAAGGGUAGUGACCACAGACAGAGCUGCCACGGCAACUAACCCAUGACCCCCCCCUCCUCCUGACCUUCUGACCUUUCCGCCCACUGAUGACCCGCCCAUCUCUGCCCCGCUGGCGUGCUCAUUGGCCCGCGGCCCCCCGCCACUUCCCCAAGCCCAGCCAACCAGAGACCAGAACAUUGGGAACAGCCCGGCAGCUUCUGUCUAACCGGCCAACCAGACGACAGCCGACCUCAGGACCCCGCCCACCGCCGAGUCCUAACCCAAACCUCGCCAAACUGUGCCUUUUCCUCCGAAACUCCGAAGCCCACUCGAGGGUUCGCUCAAAAAGUUACAAUCUUCCACUGCUGGUGGCGUUGGAGGAGGACCAGGUGACCCCGCGGAGGGCGGCUCUGAACCCGGUCCCCCCUGGAGCUGCCACGCCCUCGGCCCAGCAAUGCAAUAAUAUUGACUCUAUUAAUACCAUGUCGAUAACACUAGACCAGCACACAGAGCCACUAAACUGAAGGAGCUACCUGGAUAUUUUCACACAUUCUUCCUCAGCUGGCGCCUCUCUGUCCAUCAUUCAACACUUCAGAGGAGAAAAAGUUCACGAUCCUCUGUAAUCAUGUAUAUCUGGUGAAAUCGCUUGACAAUAGAGGUUUGCACAUGAUGAAAACCGUCUGGACGAGUGCAUCAAUUUACACUUUUUACCAGGAGAAAACGUGAAAAUCUGCCAGUGAUUCAUCUCGUUGGUAAUUAUUUAAUAGAUAAAUUAACGUUUUGUCAAAAGACACAAGAUAAGAACUGGAGAUCUGCUUUUUUUUUUAAAGAAUUAAAACCAUUUAUUAUUGAUGAAAUUUUGAUCAUGGACUUUUCCAAGCAGAAAAUGCUUGAUUCUGUGCAGCUUUUGUACCUUAAGUGCAUCACCUUUGUAAAUUCAACUCUUUUUUCUACAUAUUCCAACCAGAAUUCACUAUUAGGCGACUGGUGCUCGAUGAGGAAAACCAACCAACUGGAAUCCAAAAUGCCAAACCGUCUCACGAGAGGCGCGGCCCAGGAAACGUGCACGGCGCGCACAUGCACACACUCAGACACACAGGGGAAAGGUUGCACUUCUCUCGUGAAAAUCUACGACGAUGCCUUUUGCCUUUUUCCACACUGCAGUAUUAUAUGAGCUUGAACAACAGUGCCUUUAUUUAUCGAGCGCGGCGGAACAAUGGCCCGCCUCCCGCCGUGCCGACGAGCCGGGGCUCCAGGCUCCGCCGUCGUCCUCCACAUUUUACAGCUUCACAUCCUUGACUUGUCUGGGUUCAGAUCCGAGUGCCAGAAAAAACGUGGCCGGCUCGAAUUCGCAGCACGGCGCCCAACAUGCCACGAGAACAGUGUUAUAUGUGAUGAUCUUUGUUUUGUUGUUGUUUGGUUGAUUGUGCUGCUGAACAUAAAGUCGUCCACAUUACUUUUACAUAUUUAUCUGCUCUUUCAGAGGAUGUCAGAAUACACAAACACACACACACACACACACACACACACACACAAACCAAGUGAUGCCUUGAUAUGGAAGAAAUCCUGCAGUUGUAACAUCUGUAACAAGUUUAUAAUGUAUUUUUAUAUCCUAUUUUGUACGUGGAAAUAACAUUAAAUUACCUUUUCAGAUGAGAACGACAUGCCUUAUGACGGAGAGUAAUUUGAGAGCUGCUGUGUUUUCUGUGGAUCGUGUUCUGGAAGUCCUGAUGAACUGGAGUCGGACGUUCUCUGUAUUAACUCGAGCCUCUCCGAUCAGCAUUGCUUGCCCUCUGUGCCUUUUUGUAUACUAUGAGUGUGACGAUUAACAGUGUAGUACGACAUUAAUCGACUCUCCAGUGCCAAGUUUAGGUUACUAACUGUUACCACUUCUGUGAUUAUUAACAACUUUAAUGGUAUCUGUCUUUGCUUUGGAUUUCUUUAAAAAAAAAAAAAAAUACAUGUGUGUCUAAAAAAAAAAAAAAAAAUUUUUUUUGAAAAGUAAAAGAUAUGUGUUGAACGAUGAUCUUUUAACUUUUAAAGUAUUCUGAGCAGAAAUAACUCUUUGUACACGAUUAAACUCAUAGUUGUAAAACUAACAAACUUUGUUGCUUUUUCUCUGUAGCACUUAAUUAUGCAAA